AUGGCAGUCACUCCGGCCAUUAUUGGGCGCGGCAAGCCCACACACUACUACUCUGUAUCUCAGCUGCAAAGACGACAGCAAGGAGGCUCCUCCAGUUUUGGCGGCAGCGCUGUUACUAUCGCUAUCAUAUCAGUUGUUAUUGUGGUCAUCACGGGCUCCGUGGUCUUCUAUUCGUUCCUUCGGAGAUGGAGAACCCAGGGUAAAAGUCCAAAGUAUAUUCCAUCCCAGUUCCUGAAAAGGAAAUGGCAGACCUGGCAGCCUGGAGGCAAGUACUCCCAAGUCCGAAAUCGAGAUUUAUCCGCAAACACUUCCUACAAUCGUGGCGGUGAGACAGCCGGGGCCACCAUUGAUCGAAAUGCGAGUGUGAGAAGUACAAUCACCUUACCCGCUUAUUCCCGAGCUCCGAAAGACACUGAGCAAGUCAUUGGCCGGGAGGGUGAAAGGGGCGGCAUGGACACCGUGGUCGAGUUUCCAGAGACUCAAGAAGCAGAAGAAACCCGCCGAGAAGAUCAAAUGGAGUCUCUAUAUCAGAUUCGGCUUGCCCGACGUCGAGAGAUCGCGGAACGAGAAGAAAGAAGACGCGAGCGGAGAGAAGCUCGUGACCGAGGAGACACUGCGAGAUUAGAAGAACUAAGAAGAGAAUCUCGUCAACGAGCUGGCGAGAGUGCUACCUCGUUAAAUGGCGGUGUCAGCGUUUCAGCCGCUACCCUCAUCGCCGAACAUCAGUCUAGAGGACGAGAAAGGAGAGUGUCUAGUGUUGCAUACGGCUCUCUUGGAGAAGUACGACAUGACGGCACCAGACUCCGAGCCAACAGUAAUGAUUCUGAACGGGGCGGUCUCCUCAGCGGAGCGGCACCUAUGGGCGAAGAAGGAGGCCGACCUCGUCUUGGCUCCGAUGCCACAUCCUUUACACAUCUAUCACGACCCCAUACACGAGAGGCAUCUAUCAGUGAUAUGAGCAUAUCGAGUGCGGGGUCAGACCUAGAGCACAUGGCACAGGCAACACCAGUCUCGACACAACCAGGCGGCGGAUCUAGACCUCAAACCUCUAUGAGCGGCGGUCCGGAUAGCGGAACCAGUAACUCAUCCCCCACGGCCAACAGAUUCACUCCCGACGAAAGCACGGGUUCUGAAGACAUUGGCGAAUCUCGAAUUCCCCACGCCGAGUUAGACGAGGCCAAUCGCCCUCCUGACUACGAGUUCCUGGAAUGGGGCGAUGCACCAUCUUACGAGGUCGCCGUGGCCCGUCGCGCUGCCAGCAACGCCAGCCGUGCCGCCGGCGCGCUGAAUCGUGUCCCUAGUAGUGGUGCACCUCAAUUGCCCCAACUGAAUCUCCCCAGCAUCAGCGUGUCAGAUGCCACAGCCCCGAAUACGCCUAUCAGUCCGGUGGUCGAUAAUACGAACCCAGCGAGCCAGAGUCACACCUCCACCGGGCAGCGCUGA